AUGGACUACGAUGAGAUCUCGCACGGCCACCGGGCCCCGGUCGAGAACCUCACGCCGGCCCCGAACGAAGACAACACCCACGAUGAGGAGAAGAUGCAGCCUAACGAGGACUUUGGUGAGCGCGAUAUCAAGGUCGGGUAUAUGAACGAGGCGGACCGCCACAUCUACGAGAGUGGUAUCCAGAAGUUCAGCCGUCUGGGAUGGAAGCGUCUCACGGUCGUCCUCAUUGUCGAGGCCAUUGCGCUGGGAAGUUUGUCGAUUCCCUCCACCUUUGCCACCCUCGGUAUGGUGGCAGGUGUGAUUUUGACCAUUGGUCUUGGUUUGAUUGCCAUCUACACCAGUUACAUUAUUGGCAAGGUCAAGCUGGCGUUUCCCGAGGUAGCCCACUAUUCGGAUGCAGGUCGAUUGAUGGGAGCGCGUCUGGGAUGCCCGCGGUUCGGGUUUGAGCUGGUGAAUGUCAUGCUGGGCAUUCAAUUGCUGUUCCUGACAGGAUCGCACUGCUUGACUGGAACUAUUGCCUUCCGCAAUAUCACUGGCAGCGAGAUCUGCUCUGUGAUUUUCGGUGUUGUCUCGGCGAUUAUUCUGCUUUUGCUCGCCGUGCCGCCUAGUUUCACCGAGAUGGCAGUCCUGGGCUAUAUCGAUUUCGCCUCGAUUAUUUUGGCUAUCGGUAUCACCAUUAUUGCUACUGGUGUGGAUUCGACCAAAGCCCCUGGCGGGCUUGCGGCCGUGGACUGGUCCGCCUGGCCCAAGGCCGAUCUGACAUUCUCUGAGGCUUUCGUUUCUGUGACCAACAUUGUUUUUGCGUACAGUUUCGCCCUGUGCCAAUUUUCCUUCAUGGAUGAAAUGCACACGCCUCGCGACUACGUCAAGUCCAUUUGGGCUCUGGGUAUUAUUGAAAUCGUCAUUUACACCCUGACUGGUGCCCUGAUCUACGCCUUUGUUGGCUCGGAUGUGGAUAGUCCUGCUCUUCUGUCGGCUGGCAGCCUGCUCAGCCGUGUUGCAUUCGGUAUUGCAUUGCCCGUUAUCUUCAUUAGCGGUUCUAUCAACACUGUUGUGUUUGGCCGUCUUGUUCACGGUCGCAUAUUUGCCAACUCGCCCAUCCGGUUCAUCAACACCAAGACCGGCUGGUUGACCUGGUUGGCUGUUAUCACCGCCGGUACCAUCAUUGCAUUCAUCAUUGCCGAAGUGAUUCCCUUCUUCAACGAUCUGCUUUCCAUCUCGUCCUCGCUGUUCAUCUCUGGGUUCACCUUCUACUUCCCUCCGAUGAUGUGGGCUCUGCUCUUGAAACAGGGCAGCUGGCUCGAGCCCAAGAACAUUUUCCUGGGUGUAGUCAACCUGAUGGUGUUCCUGAUUGGUAUUGUCAUCUUGGUUGGAGGAACCUACUCCAGUAUCGAUGAUAUUAUCAACAAGUACGCUGCUGGCACCGUGCAUGGCGUUUUCACCUGCGGCUCUCCGGAGUAA